GCUUGCAGCAUUUUGCUUUUCUUCCCCUUCAGAAAGGAUGCAGAGCUGUAUGCCAUGCAGGCAUGGCAGCAAAGGUAGUGGCCAUGGAAGGGUUUGUUCUGGAGAUGGAUUUCUUAAUUCUCCAUGACCGUUUCUGUUACGUUAGUGCAGCAUGAGUGCAUGGCAACCAUUAAUUUAUUCAUAUCACAGCAAUGUGAGGAAGUGUUGUGAAUUCACUUGGAGAGUCAAGCAAAGAGUAAGGAUUAAAGUGUCCAAUAGUCUUGAUCUUACACAUUGUCAGCAUUUUGGAACAGUUUCCUUAUGCAGGCAGAAUAUCUCUACUCUUCCAUUUUCAAAACUGAUUGCUUUGUGUCUCUGUAAGUUCAAGCUUAUUAAAGUAUGAAAAUGGGAAACUUAAAUAUGAGGAGUCUACAUGGUUUGGCUGAAGAGGCCUAGUGUAUGUAUGAGUUUAUAAUCAAGACACUCAGAGCUGCCUUUGUCUGGCUUACUGUAAGGCCGCCUUUAUUUGUACAUGCAUCUCUGUCUGCUUUUCUGCAGGCAAAGAAGUCCCCUGUUAGCUCUGUGUCCCAGCCUCUCUGUUCUGUGGUAUCAUGUAAGCCAGUUAGUGCAGCACCUGAAUACACAUCUUUUUCUUAUAUGGCAACGCUUAAAAUGUAUGACACAGUGUUCAGUGGGAAUGGUGACCCAGACAAAAUCUGUAGCAGACUGGCGUGGCAGCUUUUUAGAAGUUGGUCUCAUACCUGUUAUCAGAAGGGCUGAGUUCUGUUUGCAGGCUGGCAUGAAUAAAAGAAGGCUGUAAAGGUGUUUAUAUAGUCUGAGCUCCCUGAGCAUCAGAAGUCAGCUUUGAUGAGCGUGAACUAAAAAGUUCAACUGUUGGACAUAAAUCCUAAAGUUUGGAUUCUGUUCGACAGCCGUUUUCCUCUUAACAGAUACUUGGCAGAUUAAAUUGCUGUCUGGGUCAGAUGGCUCUGUCAGUAUUCCAUCCGAUGAGGUGAAACUACUCUUGAGUGUUCUUGUCUACACCUUUCAUACCCCUACUGCCAGACAGUAAUAUCACAGGCUUGUUUGUUUCAGAAGGGGCUGUUCUAAUUGGGGUGCAAUAAAAGGAUGAUGUAAACCUGAUUGUUUCUUUUUGAAGCAGGAUUCUCUGAAAUAUCCACACACUAAAGAUUGCUCUUCCAUUUGCUUUUCUGCUGACUUCCACAGUUCUAAGAGGAAAGUGUGUAUGGCCAUCUGAAGCACUUAGAUGAAGUCUUGUGCAAGUUAUUAAACAGAGUGUUUUGUGGAGGAUUUCUGUCCCAAGUUGUCAUGAUUCAGUUCUCUUUGGAGCCUGGCUUUUCUGGAGAGAGGCAAAUGAUGUGAAUAUGAGAGCACCUUGCAGGAUGCUGUUUCAGGUGGGGGAGUCAUGUUAUGUUCACUUGACAGCUGGCUCAAAAUGGAGUAAUUCCCAUUUCUAAUGUUUGGGAAGAGCAGCUGUGAGGUACAGUAAGGUCCUUGGGUUCUCAAAUUUACUCUUAACCAUGCUACUGAAGUAGCCUACGUUUCCUUCAUUCUUUUACUUCUAUAAUUGUAGGGUAAGAAAGCAAAAAGAAUAUGCAGAAGUGUGAGACCAUUAUGAAGCCUUUAGAGACAGUAGAAGUUUUACAGACCUCUUUCUUCUCUCAGAGGAUGCCAGCCCCCAUCAGACUGCGGGAGUUGAUCCGGACCAUCCGGACAGCGAGAACCCAGGCAGAGGAGCGUGAGAUGAUCCAAAAGGAAUGUGCUGCUAUCCGCUCAUCCUUCCGAGAGGAAGAUAACACAUACCGGUGCAGAAACGUGGCAAAGCUGCUGUAUAUGCACAUGCUGGGAUAUCCUGCACAUUUUGGACAGUUGGAGUGCCUCAAGCUUAUUGCGUCUCAGAAAUUCACAGACAAGCGCAUUGGGUAUUUAGGUGCCAUGUUGCUGCUGGAUGAGAGACAGGAUGUUCAUCUUCUUAUGACCAAUUGCAUCAAGAAUGACCUUAAUCACAGCACGCAGUAUGUGCAGGGGCUGGCACUUUGUACUCUUGGCUGCAUGGGCUCCUCAGAAAUGUGCAGAGACCUUGCAGGAGAGGUGGAAAAGCUCCUCAAAACUUCCAAUUCCUAUCUUAGGAAGAAGGCAGCGCUGUGCGCUGUCCAUGUCAUCAGAAAGGUGCCUGAACUUAUGGAGAUGUUCCUGCCAGCCACCAAAAACUUGCUGAACGAGAAGAACCAUGGUGUUCUUCACACAUCAGUUGUCCUCCUCACAGAGAUGUGUGAGAGAAGCCCAGACAUGCUUGCACACUUUAGAAAGAAUGAAAAGCUUGUUCCCCAAUUAGUUCGUAUUCUGAAGAACCUUAUCAUGUCUGGAUAUUCACCAGAGCAUGAUGUGUCUGGGAUCAGUGACCCCUUUUUGCAGGUACGAAUCCUGCGGUUACUAAGAAUUUUAGGGAGAAAUGAUGAUGAUUCUAGUGAAGCAAUGAAUGAUAUACUUGCACAGGUUGCCACUAAUACAGAAACAAGUAAAAAUGUGGGAAAUGCCAUUCUCUAUGAAACUGUGCUGACUAUUAUGGAUAUAAAAUCUGAGAGCGGCCUGAGAGUCUUAGCCAUUAACAUCCUAGGCCGUUUCUUAUUAAACAACGACAAAAAUAUUAGAUAUGUAGCUUUGACGUCAUUAUUGAAAACUGUGCAGACAGACCAUAAUGCAGUACAGCGGCACCGAAGCACCAUUGUGGACUGCCUGAAGGACCUGGAUGUCUCCAUUAAAAGGCGUGCAAUGGAACUCAGUUUUGCUCUUGUUAACGGGAACAAUGUCCGUGGAAUGAUGAAGGAGUUACUGUAUUUCCUAGAUUCUUGUGAACCAGAGUUCAAGGCAGACUGUGCAUCUGGAAUAUUUCUUGCAGCUGAAAAAUAUGCUCCUUCCAAGCGCUGGCACAUAGACACAAUUAUGAGAGUCUUAACAACGGCAGGAAGUUAUGUUCGUGAUGAUGCUGUUCCCAAUCUGAUCCAGUUAAUAACUAAUAGUGUGGAGAUGCAUGCCUACACUGUGCAGAGACUCUACAAAGCCAUCCUUGGAGAUUACUCCCAGCAACCCCUGGUACAAGUUGCAUCCUGGUGCAUAGGAGAGUAUGGAGAUCUUCUGGUGUCUGGUCAGUGUGAAGAGGAGGAACCAAUACAGGUAACAGAGGAUGAAGUUCUUGAUAUUUUAGAAAGCGUCCUGAUAUCUAAUAUGUCUGCAUCUGUGACACGAGGCUAUGCUCUCACUGCCAUCAUGAAGCUUUCCACAAGGUUCACCUGCACUGUCAAUCGCAUUAAGAAGGUAGUUUCCAUCUAUGGCAGCAGCAUUGAUGUGGAGCUACAGCAGAGAGCUGUGGAGUAUAAUGCACUUUUCAAGAAAUAUGAUCACAUGAGGCCAGCACUGCUUGAGAGAAUGCCAGUAAUGGAGAAAGUCACCACAAAUGGCCCUGCUGAGAUUGUACAGACCAAUGGAGAGACAGAGACAGCAGUACUGGAAACCAAACCUCCACCCUCUGGAUUGCAGCCUGCUAACCAGGCAAAUGAUUUAUUGGACUUGUUGGGGGGAAGUGAUAUAACACCUGUAAUUCCCACUGCACCUACAACCAAGCCAGCCUCUGCUGGUGGGGAGCUGCUUGACCUCCUGGGAGACCUCAACCUAACAGGUUCUCCAGUAUCUGCCCCUGCGCCCCAGAUAGCACAGCCUCCGUUCCUGCUCGAUGGACUUAUAUCUCAGCCUCUCUUCAAUGAUAUUGCUGCAGGAAUCCCCUCCAUUACUGCAUACAACAAGAAUGGGCUGAAGAUUGACUUCACCUUUGAGAGGUCGAACACCAACCCUAGUGUCACUGUAAUCACGAUACAGGCCUCCAACAGCACAGAGCUGGAUAUGACAGAUUUUGUUUUCCAAGCUGCAGUACCAAAGACAUUCCAGCUGCAGCUUCUGUCUCCCAGCAGCAGUGUCAUCCCUGCAUUUAACUCUGGGACCAUCACACAGGUCAUUAAAGUCCUGAAUCCACAGAAGCAACAACUACGUAUGCGGAUCAAGUUGACAUAUAAUCACAAGGGCUCAGCAAUGCAGGAUCUAGCAGAAGUCAACAACUUCCCCCCUCAGUCUUGGCAAUGAGGCUCUGGCACCAUUCUUACUCUCAUCCCACCCAAUCAAAAGAACUCUGGGAAGAAGGUUGUGAUCCUUGGCAAUCCCCCAAACUGCACCGUGGGCAUGGGGAACAAAUGAGACCUGCUGAUGAGGAGGAAUUUUCCUGAAGUGAUUGCUGACUUUGAAGCAUAUCUGUUAAGACUAAUCUCCUCUCCUCUGCUGAUGAGGCUGGCGGCUUGUGGAGGCUACUCUGCACUCCCUCACACAUGCAUUCACAGCCAGAAGCAACAUUCCCUUCUCCCCUUCCCCACCCUCUUUCCCUCUCAAAAAGGAAUACAGCCUGGUUGGAAGAGAAGUCUGGAAUUUCUAGCAGGGAAACUUUUCUUCUCUCUGCAGCAAGUGAGCAGUUGCUCCUUCUUUCUGCUGUCUUUUUUUCCCUAGGGUGGGUAAGGCGUGUUGUCAUUCAUUUCUAACUGGAUUCCUUCAGGCAUUUUCAUCUGAGACUCAGAUGGGGUCUUGGGGAAUGUCAGGCUCCCCGCCUCUUUCUUCUUAUAUCCCCUAGGUCUUAAGGGGCUGGAGGCUUCUUAUGACCUACUCAGUGCAUUAUUGUAUACACCCACUUCUUAGUUAUGUGCUGCAUACCAAGAGCAAGUGAGGCCUUUGGAGUUCAUCUGCAAACCUGGGACACAGUGCAGGAGAAGAGGUGCUGGUAAGAGUUGGUAAAAUUGUUUUGGUGCUGUACUUGGAAAUGAAGCCCUUACACCUGAAUUGUCUUUCCUUCCAUCAGUAGCCACAGCCAUGCAGAUUCAGAGUCUUCUGUAGCUUCGCCAGAAAGUGAAGUGAGUUAUGAGAGAUGUAGAGAUAAAAGGAGCAGCUGAUUUUCUACCACAUACGGUUUCAAAGUCUUUCAACCUGUUAGUUGUGGUUUAUGGGUAGAAAAGACACACUCAAUUUUGUAGACCAGUUUCUGGGCAAAGGCUUUGCUCCUGCUGGGAGACUCAUCAGAGACUAUGCUGCAAAGUUGUUCUUCCUGGUUAUUCCAGAACUUCUCGCAAAUUUUAUUUCCAGAGCCUGUUGUAGACCCCCCUGGGUUCCAUUUGAGUUACUUCUGACUGGGAUAUUUGUGUUGUAUCUGUAAUAUUGGCACUGAAAUAAAGACCAUGCAGUUUAAAGAGACCUUUUCCCAUUUUUUUUACUUAGUUGAUCCUUGCUCCCCUUUCAGAAUAAUGUGCCAGUUCAGGUUCAGACUGACAGUAACUAAGCUAUGUUUUGAAGAGAGGGCAGUUGUUUGAGUACUUGGAUCCAAAGGUGCAAGGUGUGGUUGGUACCCCUCUGAGCUCGCAGAAAGCUCUGUUCAGGCAUGUCCCUGUGGGAACUCGUGGGAGGUGCUGCGAUUCUGGGCAGUCCUUUGGAGGUGAUGUGUAAAGCAUAGUGUGACAAACUUCAGACGUUCAGUGCUCUUUAAGGUAUAUCUUAGAUCUUCAUUUGUGAGUGUGCUGGUAAGCUGAAGGUGGGGCACUUCUGCUUCAGUUCUGUUCUAGGGCUUUCCAGAUCACUGAGUGCUCCGAGGACAAGCUUAGACGUAGCUUCUUGUGUCCACAGAAGUGUUAACACUGGGCUCCUGAACUUGCCAAAAAUUUUGCAAGAGUGAUCCACCAAGUGCUUAGGGAAAACUGAAGACCUGUUCUGCCUUUGAAUUGGGAGCAGGAGGCCACUGAGGGUUGUUCGGUCUGGUCUUAACUGCAUUAAGCAAUAUAAUGUAGGACUCUCACUGAUUUAAGUGCUGGUCCAUGUGUAACUGGAGUAAAUUUAUCUUUUCUUGAAGGGUAUUUUUGCUACCUUACCGGUUGAACUGGUUUGGGCCUUUGAAUUAGCAAAGAGCUUUUUAGCUCCUGGAACUGGCAUCUGUGCAGGGUUAUAAGAGCUAUAAGAACAAUGUAUGAUUUCCUUAAGAUUAACUUUGGGUUGUGGUAGGGUCAUACCUUGGCUAUCAGUGGUGAGAUAAAUCCUGUGCUUAGCUAGAAGCAUCAUGAAGCAGGCAGUUUUGCAGGAAAUGGCUGAAUCAGGGUCCAUUUCUGGUGCUGAGCAUUUAGCUUAAUCGUUUUCACUGCAGUUGUGGCUAUUCAUUGUCCCACUGGCUCAAACUCAACGUUGAAGACUGAGCAUGUUAAAUCCAUACCCCAGUGAGCUCUGGAGGUGUCCCAGAUGAAAAGCUAAUGGGAAGUCUUUGCCUUGGUUCCUGAACUCCUCAUAAGCUCUCCCAUCCUCUUCACAGAGUUGUACAUGUUCGCUCUUACUGAAAGCCAGCAUCCCUCACUCUCCCUUUGGUUUUGCUGGGAAAGAGCACUGGUACAGGAAAUUAGAUGGGAAGGAAGAAGAAAAUGCUCUCUUGCCUGGCCAAUUUGUUGCAGCAGAGUUGGGAACAGUAUAUUUUGUCCCUCUUGUCCUGCUUGCUUUCUGUCCCCUCGAGCAGCUGGGGUUUGCUGUCUGUCUCUGGUAAGCUGCAGGGUGAAUUCUUUCUGUUCUUGGCUCCUUCAGCCACCCUUGCACUGUCUGUGGGGAAAUGGGCAUUUGGUCAUGUAUUUGAGUCGGUCGAGCUGGAGGAGGCAAUGCGUGUACCCAAAAUACGUUUUGCAGGAAGCCAUCCCUUGGCUAUGAAGUACUCUUUUGUAGCAGCCAAACAAUCCAGUUGUCCUUGGAGCUUUCCUCACUAAGGGAUGGAUGGAUGCUGACCUUACACAAGAAGGCUUCACACCUUCCCCUCUCUGCAAUACCAGAUAAUGCUGCUUGCUCCUUCACCCCCAUGUGCAUUUCGAGCUCUGUGCUGUUGCUGUGGUUUUCCUCUGGAGAGUACUCACAUGGCUGAGGCACUCCAAGCAUAUGCUGAGUCCUCUUCCUGCCGGUUGAGUGAAACAGUUCUUAGAGCUCUGGUCAACGUUUUUCUUGCUCCAGUGUAAGGGGGAUAUAAAGGCAGCAAGGUAUGGACUUCAUGGCUAAUCUUACUAGUGUCUUGCACGGGAGGCUUCAGAACUGGGAGACAUUGGAUGUCUUUUUUUCCAAGUGAAUGUAUUUAGAGUCAAAAGAUGGCAGAAACAAUAGAGGCCAUAAUGGGCCUGAAGGGGGAGGAGACGUGGAAAGGUCCUAAAAGUUGCCUUUGUCCAGGUCUUGGCACAAAAUAUGGCCUUGAACAACUUACUGAAGCAAUAGCAGUGAAGGGAGUGUCUUUACAGUACCUUGGAUCUAUAACCCAGAAGAUACCGAAGCAGCUGGGGAAGGUAGCAGUGCCUUCCCUAAGGCAGGUACUGGCUGUGAGCCGCGGCAGCAGUGACGCUGGUGCACUUCUGUGUGUUCAUUUUCUACUUGGAGGCUGUGAGGGAAGGAGCUACUAGACUGCUUCCCUUUUAACUUUCACUCUAUUCCUGUGUAUUCUUUUCUCUUUUGUGAUGUUGCAAUUUAAAUUUUACACAGAGCCCCAUCCCACCUCUUUGACAGUAUAGAGAAAAAAAGGCAAACGAAGAACUACUACAAUGCAAACCCCCAACAAACCCACCAAAUUUAAAGUGAAAAACAUGGCUUUUGAGGCAGUAUGCCUGUUGGCACUCAAAAUUCUGGAGACCUAUUUUUGAGAUGUGAAAAAUUUAAGUAAAUGCUGAGUCAUAGGUGAGUGAGGAGCUUAACAGAUGUAAACAUUUACAUGGGAUGCAUUAGACUUCUGCUGUGUGUAUUGUCUUUUGGUUGAAACAAAUUAUGAGUGACUAAUAAAAUGAGUCAAUAUUCAAUGAUUUAAAA